AGAUUACACUAAGAUGUUUAAAACACCAAAUAAGUGGCGCCGGUGAACCCAUAAAGAACCGUUCACUUUCUCCGGCCACCGUAACCUCCAUUAAUGGCGCUGUGUGUGCUCCCUCACUCGAAAUUCAGUAACAAUUAUCACUCUCACACGUCACCGGUACCUCAACACACGAGGAGAAAGUCCGCCGUGACCGUACGGAUGACGGCGUCAAGCGGCGGUGGAGGAUUAGCAUCGUACGAAGAAGGAGAGCUUGACAGACCUAACUGGACCGGUCAAACGCCGCUAUCUCGUCUCGUUGGUGCCCUAAUUGCGUUUAAACCGCUUUAUUCGGUGCUUAAACUUGGUGCUAGACAAGUGCUUAUUAGUACGGCUGAGAAGACGAAUGUGCCGUGGAGAGAGAUGACGAAGGAGAUAUUGGAAUCGGAUGUUUAUAAGGAAAUGGAGAGUGUUCAGAAUGCGUCUGUAGUAUAUCCUGACUAUUAUCUCAGCCCAUUCCAUGCAUACGAUGAAGGCAAUCUUUCUUGGCUGGCUGCUGCAGAAGCUGAGGCUGCAACGAUGUCAAUGGUGAGACGGGCUAUACCUGAUGCUUCGUCACUUGAGGAAGCAAAUGAAAUAGUUCGGGGAAACUGGCUCAAUGCUAUUGAGCAACAUCAUCAACAGUAUUCAGGGAACUUGAAAAUCAGAGACAUUCUUGAUAUUGGAUGCUCUGUAGGUGUUAGCACAAGAUUUCUUGCUGAUAAGUUUCCUGAUACCAAACUUACUGGUCUGGAUCUAUCACCAUACUUCCUAGCUGUGGCUAAAUAUAAAGAAAAAGCAAGUCCUCAGAGAUCAAACUCAUUCCAGUGGAUACACGCAAAUGGUGAAUGUACAGGCUUGGAUUCACAAUCAUUUGACAUUGUUUCAAUCUCCUAUGUGCUUCAUGAAUGCCCAGCAAGAGCUACUAUAAAUUUGGCAAAGGAAUCAUUUCGGCUGCUUCGACCAGGUGGAACGUUGGUUAUAACUGAUAACUCGCCAAAGUCUAAGAAACUUCAGCAAUUGUCGCCUGUUCUAUUUACAUUAAUGAAGAGCACUGAACCAUUUUUGGAUGAAUACUACUUGCUGGAUUUGGAAAAAACUGUCAAGGAUGCCGGCUUCGUGAAUGUACAGACAAUCCUUACAGAUCCCAGGCACAGGACUCUCACUGCCACGGUGCCCUAUUGACAAACUUUUAUUUAGGAUUUUGUAGAUUUUGUGUUAUAUAUUUUAUAAUGUUUUGAAAACUGGACCAUUAACCGAAUCCGUCUAAAAAACCGAAUAACAUCAUAAAUUGUAAUUGGUUUAAUAGUUAGUUAUAACACAUAACAUAUUACAUCU